CCGCCACUUCUCGACAUCCAUCGUCCUGCGCAGUCGCCGUCAUGAGUAUGCGCUGGCUAUUGUCCGCGCUCGCUGCCGUCGCCGCCAUGGACCCGUCGGCUAACCCGAACUGCUACCUCGUGCCGAUUCUUGUGAUCUCGCCGCACACGCCUCUUCCGGCCAUGAACUGCGUGAACAAGCCUUUUCCGGCGGGUGACUGCAUGAAGGAGGUCGUGCGUGCGACAUUGACGACUGUGGACACGAUCAAGACCCACGGGACGGAGUGGAACUGCCUCGGCGACGCUGACCACGUCGAGUACGCGUCCAGCGUCCACUACCGCGGCGACUCGACGCUGCGUCUCAUCAAGCACCAAAUGGCCAUCAAGCUCGACACGCCGCAGUCGUUCUUAGGCCUUCCCGCCGACACGCCGUGGUCGCUCCACGGCCCUUACUUCGACGCGAGCUUGCUUCGCAACCACGUCGCUCACCACAUCUUUCGGCAGACGGGACGUUACUCGCCCCGCACGCAGCACAUUGCCCUUUACAUCAAGAACGCCGCGGGCGUUCCCGAAUACAAGGGGUUUUACCUCCUCCUCGAGACUGUGAGCUAUGGCCCGAACCGUGUCGGUCUCGCUGAAAACACUCCCAACUGCUCCGCCUCGGAGCGCGCAAACGGUGGCUGGGCGUGGCUCUUUGACCCGCUUUCAUACGGCGCGUACUCGCCCAACAUUGUCAAGAAUAUGUACACGAACCAGUUUGGCGGCGGCCGCCCGCUCCUAACGUACCCCGCCGGCGAGACGACGUCGCAGGCGAUGCGCGAUGCUUUUGUCUCUCCCAACGGCUUUCUGCCCCAGUACCACAAGUAUCUCUGGGAAGGCAUGCUCACGCCCGAUCGCCUCGAGGAGCACAUUGACAUUGGCUCGUUCGUCGAUUACAUGCUCCACACCGAGUGGAGCCUGAACCAAGACGCGUACUCGCGCAGCAUGUACUACUUCAAGGAUCGCGACCACCCAAUCGAGGCAGGCCCGGUCUGGGACUUCAACCUCGCCUUUGGUGCCGGCGCCAAGGCUCAUGCGCAAAACUGGCUCUUCCAGACGCACGAAGCGUGGAAGCGGCUCACGUGCAAUUACAAGUUCACUUCUCUUCUCAUCGCCCGCUGGAAGGCCCUCCGUGCCGGUGUCUGGGCUGACGACAAGAUCGAGGCGUUUGUGACGAACGCCCGCGCGCCCUUUGACAAGAUGCUCACCAAGUGCCCCAAAAACCAGUGGAUGUCCAGCCAACCGUCGUGCGCGCACGUAGCCCUGAGUACCCGCGGCUCGUACGCUGACCAAGUCAACGCGAUGGUCGCCUCAACGCUCAACCGCGCCCGCUGGAUGGACGCCCAAAUUGAGAAGCUGUACCAGCCGCUGAACGCCCGCGUUUGCAUGGGCGUCGGUCGCAUUCCCAAGUUCAACUGCGGUCCCGAUGGCAACGACGCCGGCUGCCUGAGCAACCCCAAGCCGUACUACGAGAACGUUAAGUUCCCGGCCAUUCGGGGUGUGAACCACGCGAAGUGCGACGGGGAAGCGCCCAAGGAAGCGCUUCAUGCCCCGUCUGUGGACCCGUGCUGGGUGACUGUUGGCAGUUAUGGUCGCAUGUGGUGGCUUACGCCAACCUGCAGCGGCUUUGGCUGGUGUGCGCAGGGCCCCGGUGCCAAGUGCCAGUGCACGGCCGGCCGCAAGACGUUCGACUGCUCGCCCAACCCACCGUCGCACUUGAUUGCGAUCACUGCGUCGUCGGAGGACUCAACCGCGAUGAGCAACCCGCUUGUUUGGGUUGGCGCCGCCGCCGCGCUUACCGCCGUUGCCGUCAUCAUCGUGAUCAAGCGCAAGCGAAACCCCAGUUACGAAACCUUGUAAACACCAAAUUAACGUGU